CAGACCCAGCGCCGUCUGUUAUUGGUCCCUCUAGCGGUGACGUACAUCAGUAGGAAAUGGCCAAGUGUUUUGUUUGGUUUGUGUAAACACUAUUGAUGCAUGCUCGACUAUUCACAGGCUCGGCUGAAAGAAAGGAAAACGCCGCGCGGAGCUUCUCUGGAAAACACCCAGACCUCUCAUCGACAAAACACGACCUCCACCGACAUUUAAGCGACUAAAAUGUCCACAUCUGCUGAUAUCCAGGCGCAGCUGGCGUCGAUCAUCGAGCGCUUCGCCAAAUGCGCGCUGCUGGAGAUGAGCCGGGCGGUGGAGCAGGAGAUGAGUCGCCGGCAGAUGGAGGUCCAGAGUCUGCUGCUGAAGCUCCAGUUCACCGAGAGCGAGCUGCGGUCGGUCCGCCAGAACCAAGCCAAUCUGCGCUCCGUGGGAAUACAGGUCAACAACAGCGUACACAGAGAUGUAAACCUCAACCUUGUAAAGCUUAAUGAAAAUCAUGAUGGAGACGCGCAGGCAAAUACACAUGUGGAUGAUCCCUCAGCACAGACAUUCCCACAGCAUUUCCCCCAAAAGCAGGAAGAUGGAAUCAAAUCCGUUCGGAUCAAAGAGGAGCACAUGGAGGAUGAACAGUGGGACGGCGGCCCAAUUUCUCCUGCUCUUUGUCCGCUCGGUCCAGAGGUGGAAGAUCAGGACAGUUUUGGCACUGGAGCAGCUAGAGAAGGUAAUGAUUUCCUCCUGUCAAAUAAAAUGAAGCCCAGUGGGAUGUGGAAUUCUCCGGUGUCAGAGGAAUACAUCGUCAACUCCGAAACCCAGAGUUUAAACACAUCUCCUCUGGAAACCGGAGAACGAUUCGCCGCCGGUGUUUCACCAAACCAGCGGCACGAUCCCAACGCACAACACAAUAUCGAGGAAGCUUUCAGACUUGCCGAAAUCUCCCAGCGAGGAUUAAACCACAUGCUUCCCUCAGGCUCAGAUCACAGAGAUGCAAACCCGGAGAGAAGCUCACGAUGUCCUCAAUGCGGAAAAACCUUCACCACGAGAUUUUACCUGAAGAUCCACCAGCGGAUCCACACCGGGGAGAGACCGUACACCUGUCCUCAGUGCGGCAAACGCUUUUACUGCAACUCUCACCUGAUCUCGCAUCAGCGCUCGCACACCGGAGAGAAACCCUACAGCUGCGAAGAGUGCGGAAAAUCCUACUCGCAUCUGAACUCGCUGAAGCUUCACCAGCGCAGCCACACGGAGGAGGAGGCCUAUGUGUACUGGUGAUCUUGCUGGAAUAGAGCUGGGGCCGUAAAAUAAUCCAUGCAUUUCGAUUCGGGGUUCAUUUUAAUGCAUUGUGAUUCUCUCUUGAAAUAAUUCUGAGCUUAGUUUUAAACAGUAAAUGGUGCUCUAGGCUUGUUUUUAACAGCAGAUGGUGCUCUAGGCUUGUUUUUAACAGCAGAUGGCGCUCUAGGCUUGUUUUUAACAGCAGAUGGCGCUCUAGGCUUGUUUUUAACAGCAGAUGGCGCUCUAGGCAGUUUUUGUAACAGCAGAUGGCGCUCUAGGCUUGUUUUUAAACAGCAGAUGGCGCUCUAGGCAUUUUUGUAACAGCAAAUGGCGCACUAGGCAGUUUUUGUAACAGCAGAUGGCGUUCUAGGCUAGUUUUUAACAGCAGAUGGCGCUCUAGGCUUGUUUUUAAACAGCAGAUGGCGCUCUAGGCAGUUUUUGUAACAGCAGAUGGCGCUCUAGGCUUGUUUUUAACAGCAGAUGGCGCUCUAGGCAGUUUUUGUAACAGCAGAUGGCGCUCUAGGCUUGUUUUUAACAGCAGAUGGCGCUCUAGGCAGUUUUUGUAACAGCAGAUGGCGCUCUAGGCUUGUUUUUAAACAGCAGAUGGCGCUCUAGGCAUUUUUGUAACAGCAAAUGGCGCACUAGGCAGUUUUUGUAACAGCAGAUGGCGUUCUAGGCUAGUUUUUAACAGCAGAUGGCGCUCUAGGCUUGUUUUUAAACAGCAGAUGGCGCUCUAGGCAGUUUUUGUAACAGCAGAUGGCGUUCUAGGCUAGUUUUUAAACAGCAGAUGGCGCUCUAGGCAGUUUUUGUAACAGCAGAUGGCGUUCUAGGCUUGUUUUUAAACAGCAGAUGGCGCUCUAGGCAUUUUUGUAACAGCAAAUGGCGCACUAGGCAGUUUUUGUAACAGCAGAUGGCGUUCUAGGCUAGUUUUUUACAGCAGAUGGCGCUCUAGGCUUGUUUUUAAACAGCAGAUGGCGCUCUAGGCAGUUUUUGUAACAGCAAAUGGCGCACUAGGCAGUUUUUGUAACAGCAGAUGGUGCUCUAGGCUUGUUUUUAAACAGCAGAUGCGCUCUAGGCUUGUUUUUAAACGGCAGAUGCGCUCUAGGCUUGUUUUUAACAGCUGGUGGCACUAUAAGCUGGUUUUUAACAGCAGAUGGCGCUCUAGGACUUUUUUUUCACAGCAGAUGAUGCUCCUGGAGACCUACCUUCCUGCAGAGUUCAGCUCAAACCCUGAUCAAACACAACUAAACCAAAUAAGUAGGAUCUAAAGAAGCAUUUGGUCAUUAAAUACAGGUGCGUUUGGUCUGCUGGAGCUGCACCCCUGCUCUAGACUGUUUUGUUAACAGCAGAUGGCACUGUAAGCUGUUUUUUUUUUUAAGCAAAUGGUGCUCUAGAUGUGAAUUUGUAACACAGAUUGCGCUCUAGGAUGUUUUUUUCACAGCAGAUGGCGCUGUAGCUGUUCUCUUAAAAGCAGAUAGUGCUCUAGUACAAUUUUUACCAGCAGAAAUUGCUCAAGGAUGUUUUUUUUUUACAGCAGAUGACCCUGUAUGCUGAUUUUGUACACCAGAUGGCGCUCUAGAAUCAGCAGACGGCGCUCUAGGACAGUUUGUAACAGCAGAUGGUGCUCUAGACCAGUGUUUCCCAACCCUGUUCCUGGAGGCACACCAACAGAACAUAUUUUGGAUGUCUCCCUUAUCUCACCCAUUCACUUCAGGUUUUAGAGUCUCUUCUAAUGUUCUGGUGAGUUGAUUCAGGUGUGUUGGAUUAGGGAGAGCUUGAAAAUGUGUACCGUUGGUGUGCCUUCAGGAACAGGGUUGGGAAACACUGCCUUAGACUGUUUUUUUUUUUCACCAAAUGACACUCUAGACUGUUUUUAACAUGCGAUGAUGCCCUGUGAUGUUUUUUUAACAGCAGAUGGCGCUCUAAGGCGAAUUUUAAUGGCAGAAGGACUAGAUCUUUAUUAACAUCAGAUGCAGCUCUAUAUAUUUUUUGAACAGCAGAUGGCACUCUAGACCUUUUUUAAAAGCAGAUAGCAUUUUAUUCUGGCUUUUAACAGCAGAUGGUGCUCUAGGACCAUUUUUAAGAGCUCUCUAAGCCAGUUUUAACAGCAGAUGGUGCUCUAGGACCAUUUUUAAGAGCUCUCUAAGCCAGUUUUAACAGCAGAUGGUGCUCUAGGACCAUUUUAAAGAGCUCUCUAAGCCAGUAUUAACAGCAGAUGGCGUUCUAGACCUACUUUUAAGAGCACUGCAGCUGUUUAUAAAGCACACAGUGCCAUUUGUACGUAAAAAUAAGCUCAGAAUCGAUUAAAUACAGAAUUGCGAUGCAUUUGGAAAACUUCAGAAUUGAUCUAUGUUCAUUUCUCGAUUAAUGAUGAACCAGCACAGAUCAAGCGUCUGUUACAUUUGCUCACAUCAGCUGUACAUGAUAUAUGAGUAAUUCUGCUUUACAUUUGAAGAUUCUGCCUUCAGUUUGAGUAGAUGGCCUGUUGAUUAUUUAUUUGGUUUUUAUCUGUUAAUGGUCACAUAAAAUACAUUUCCACAACACUUUACAAUAAGCUUUCAUUAGUUGUCAUUAGUUAUAAUAUAAAGGUGUUGAAUGCUUAAUUUUGAUUGGCUGAUGAACAUUGUAAGGGACUCAUCAUCCAAUCAGAAUGAAGCAGUCAACAGACCAAUAGUCUAUGAAUAUUAAAUGCCAUAAACGGAUUGUUAAUUAAUGAUGGAGUAGAUAAACCAAAAAUCAAAGUUUACUCAUCAUUUAUUCAUCCUCAAGUGAUUAUAAACAUGUUUUAUCAUAAAUGAUGUGCUGAAAAAUGGUUAAAGUUAGUAAACUUUGGUAAUCAUAGUGAGGAAAAAGUAUGACUAUUGGUUUUAACAUUGAAAAAACAAAUAAAAUUGAGUAAAUAUUGACAUGAUUAGAUUUUUUGGGCAUUUAAUCUGUAGUAAAUACAUUAACUAAUAUGAA